AUGAACAGUUUAAGAUUAAUCGUAGCCCUAUGCUGCCUCGAAAUAGAAGCGCAAACAUGGCUACAAACGGCAUUGGAGCGUUCAAACGGAACACUGGACGUGCGAUCAUUUCCGGGUGAACAGUGUUUGCGUCAGUGUGACGACACGCAGCCACGGAUUUGCCACUUUGCCUGGACGAUGGAACACUACCACGUGAUGGGACCUGCUUGUCGGGACUGCGCUAAAGGUAAACGGGAGGACUGCUAUCAUCCGGCCUGCAUCACAGCUGAUGGUGUCGAGCGAGGUGUUAUGAGUAUCAACCGGAAAAUCCCCGGGCCAGCCAUCAGCGUGUGCCGAGGGGAUCUACUCGUGAUCGAUAUCACAAACGCCAUGGCUGGCACAUCCGCUACCAUCCACUGGCACGGAUUACAUCAGCGUGCGACGCCCCACAUGGAUGGCGUUCCGUUCAUCACGCAAUGUCCGAUCGGAUUCGGGAACACCUUCCGGUACGCUUAUCACGCCACCGAACCCGGAACUCAGUUCUAUCACUCGCACUCGGGACACCACAAGGUGAACGGCCACUACGGUGCGCUUGUGAUACGUGAGCCCCGCAAGGAUGACCCAAAUGGUGACCUCUACCACUACGACACACCGGCCCACGUGAUUCUGGGGUCCGACUGGAUGCACAUCGACGGGGAAAUGUUUAUGCCCGGGCUUCCAUCGGCCGGCGGAAUCAUGCCGGUGAACCUACUCAUCAACGGACGAGGGACGUUCCGAGGUUCCACGCAGACACCGCUGGAGGUGUUCUACGUACGUCGGGGGGCACGCUUCCGGUUCCGAUUCAUCAACGCGGCUAGUCACGUUUGCCCACUUCAGCUACAGAUCGAAGAUCACACGAUGGAGAUCAUCGCCAGCGACUCGUUCCAUCUACAGCCGCGCAAGGUGGACACACUGGUCACCACUUCCGGUGAGCGGUAUGACUUCAUUGUCGAUGCACAAGGUGCUAGAGAUACCUACUGGGUACGCCUACGAGCCCUUGGACCAUGUGAACAGCUUCAACUCGAGCAGUACGCCGUCCUCAGCUACACCGAUACACCAUUGCCUGAUGCAGCCUUCCCGACAGAGCCUCCGCCGCCUUAUGAGAAGCCGUUCCCUAACGCUGCAACGAUAAACCAUCCGAACGCCACUUGUGGGCAACCGGAGUUUGAAGACUACUGUAUCACCGACCUACAGGCCUACGACACGGACGAAGCGGUCGUGAACGGACUUCCGGAUCAUCAGUUUACACUUGGCUUCUAUAACUAUCCUGUCUCUUUUAACGAUAUGUUCGAGCGGCGUCCAUAUGAACAUUUUAUGAAUAUCCACGCUGACAUUAUGCUACAGGGUGCCAUCAACAACAUCAGCCUUGCUUAUCCACCCUUCCCGCUCCUCACACAACCGGAGCAGAUCGACGAAAGCAUGUUCUGCACAAGCGAAAACCGACCUGCCCGAUGCGCCGACCGCCAACUCUGCACCUGCAUCCACCGGAUCAAGAUCAAGCAGGGCGCCCUCGUGGAGCUGUACAUCCUCGACCUAACGCCCUCCGUCGGUGACCUAAACCACCCGUUCCACCUGCACGGCUACCAGAUGUUCGUGAUGGAGCUCGGCCAGGACCGGCGGGUUCCGAUCACGGUCGAAAUCGCCCAACAGAUCGCCCGCCAGCGACUUCGGCAGCGUAACGCGGCCGGACUUCCGCCCCGCAAGGACACCGUGUCCAUUCCGAGCCGGGGUUACGCACGGGUUCGCUUCCGUGCGGACAAUCCCGGCUUCUGGUUGAUGCACUGUCACUACGAGUGGCACACGGCGGUCGGUAUGGCGCUGGUGCUGCAGGUCGGCGAAACGGACCAGAUGGUGAAACCGCCGGCCGGCUUCCCCAAGUGCAACAGCUACACCCCGCCAGUGGAGGAUCUGCUGACGGAUGGUCUCUGA